CUUAGAAAUGUCUCUCUAAAACCCAACUCGGCCCUCCACUCGCUGCUUCGACUCGGCCCAGACUCAGCUUCUACUCGACCGAGUCACCGUCGCAAACGAAAGAGGCUUCCAAUAUUGCAGGAGACGAUGAUGUCUCAGUAACGAAGUUGGGCAAAAAGGGAAAAAGAAUUCAGCAGCAGAAACUCGGAAAAUUAUGGAAAGAAAGCAAAGCAUUUUACAGGGAACCAAACAUCCCAACUUUUGAUAAACCCUAGAGAGAGAGAGAAUCAUGAGACGAACUCGCCUGAGCAAUCUCUCUCUCUGCACUCGCAAUCGCCUUCUCUCUCCUCAAACAUUCAACCCAAAUCCUACCCCCUCACUCGUCCCACUCGCCCGUUCGACUCGGUCCCUGCUCAGCCGGUUCUUCUCCUCAGACGGCGACUCCUCCGCCGAAGGCCCCAAUCCGGCUGCUGAUUCGAGCUUGAUCCCAACCAAAAAGAAAGAUGCCUCCGUCGAAGUCAAGGACGUCAAUAACAAAGAGCUGAAGGAGCGGAUAAAUAAAUAUUUUAAGGGUGAUGAGGAGGCGCUCCCUGAGAUACUUGAAGCGAUUCUGCAGAGGAGAUUGGCUGGGAAGCACGAGGAAACAGAUGAUGAGCUGAUAGAUGAAUUGCAAAUGCAACCAUUGGAUGAUGUUAAGGACCAAGAGUUUGAAUCGGAUUUUGAGGAAUUGUACGACACGGAUGAAGAGAUUGAUGACUUGUAUAACGCAAAGGAUAUGGUCAUGAAUAGGAUGUCGAAAGAUGAGUACUUCAACAUGGAUGCCAAGAAGUGGGAUGAUAUUGUUGAGGAUGCAAUUAAGCACGGGAUUAUGAAGGAUACAAAGGAGUGUGAGGCGAUUCUCGAGGAUAUGCUUAGCUGGGAUAAGCUCCUGCCAGAUGACAUGAAAAGGAAGGUAGAAGAGAAGUUCAAUGACUUAGGGGAUAAGUGUGAAAGAGGGGAGCUUCAACCUGAAGAAGCUUAUGAGUUGUUCAAGGAGUUUGAGGAUGAGAUUGUCAUGGAUUACUUGCAGAAGAUGGAAGCGGAUGGCCCCCCACAAUUUGAUGAGGCUGAUGUGUCUAACAAGAAGGAUCUGGCCGACCCACCUGGCGAAGGGCCAAUCCUUAGGUGGCAAACACGGGUAGUCUUUGCUCCUGGUGGUGAUUCCUGGCAUCCCAAGAAUAGAAAAGUGAAACUGUCUGUUACAGUGAAAGAACUCGGGCUUUCAAAGCAUCAAUUCCGUCGGCUCAGAGACUUGGUUGGAAAGCGGUACAAUCCAGGGAAAGAUGAGCUUACAAUUACUAGUGAGAGGUUUGAACACCGAGAAGAAAAUAGAAAGGAUUGCCUUAGGACACUUUUUUCCCUUAUUGAGGAAGCUGGGAAGGCUAACAAACUGGCUGAGGAUGCUCGAGUUUCGUAUGUCAAGGAGAGAUUAAGAGCAAAUCCCGCAUUCAUGGAGAGGCUGCACAACAAGACCAUGAGAUUGCAAGGAAAGAGCGCAGUACCUGCUUGAGACUUUGAAUUCUAGCAGCACAAAUAAGUUUCUUGGUCUGGGAUGACAUUUUCUCGACAUUCAGCACGGAUAUUUAGUGCACGGAUAGAUACAUUUUGCUAGUUGCUACUGUUGGCAGUCAUUUGCUUUACCUUCUAGUCCUUGAAAAGUUCACAUGGAUGUAUAACUUGUUAAGAUCAGUGUUGUUUUGAAGUUUAUGUGCAAUGCUUUUAAACA